UGUGCGCCUGGUGCUCCCUCGUGAUAAACUGAGUAUUUAUCGAUCUAAUGAUCCAGAACGGUGAUCAAUUCACAGUCUCUGAAGAGACCAUAAAUUAAUUCAGUAUAAACAAACGUUACGAGAGCGCUAAUUAAAUUUUGAUAACCUUAAUUAUUCGCGUGGCAGCGCAACACGGGGGUCGGUAAAUUCGCGUGAGGAAUGCCGAAGGUUAGAGAGAAGAUAGAUUGAGUUAUACUGUAAAGUAUGUGAUAUUAUUAUCUUCUAUAUUACCAAUGUGUUGAGUGUUCUAAUGCUAAGUGGCCAGAGAUAUGGACGAGAACUACACGAUUCUCAAUACCACCUUGUUGGAAGGAAUAUACACGGAGAAGGAAUUUUCUCGACACACCCUAGCGCUCUAUACUCCCGCCAUCAUCUACACCGUCCUUCUGAUGGUUUCUGGAAUUUUUGGAAACUCUCUAGUUUGGAUUAUUUAUUACUGGAAAUGGAAGCACAUGUCCACCCGUAUAUUUAUUCUGUCGCUUGCCAUGUGUGACCUCAUUAAUUGCGUCAUUACCAUGCCUACAGAAAUCACCAUCAUUGUGGGUAGUUCUCUUUUUCAUAUGGGAUUUAUUUGUAAGAUUUCUCGAUUCACUACUUAUAUGUGUAAUUCUGUGUCCACCCUUGUUUUAAUUGCCGUAGCUGUUGACAGAUAUCAAAGGAUUUGUUGUCCCCACCGCCCUGUGAUGACGUCAUCCAGCGCGCGCCGAAGCGUCGCCUGGUUGAUUGGAGUGUCUUUACUAAUAACAUGGCCAGCUAUCGUCUUAUAUGGAAAACAUACGGUGACAAUAUCAUCUCAUGGCGCUAAUUUCUCACUUCCAACGUGUCAGAUUGACGAUAGUUAUGUUCACACUAAAUACCCCUUGGUCCUCUUUGGGAUCCACGCGGUGGGGACACUUAUAACCUUCACCUCGUUCAUCAUUCUAUAUUCAUGUGUCGCAGUAGCCGUGCGACGUCAACUGAGUUUCCGUAAAAGAUCAUCCUCACGCCAUACAAGGUCAGAAGAGGGGUGCGGGAAAACCAUCCUUAAUCCUUCCUGUGUGUCUGCGGUGGAGCGAAGCGUCCGGACGACCGUGAUUCUGUCUGUUGUGACGUUUUCCUACGUUCUGACGUUUUUACCGUUUAUUGUGCUUGCUAUCCAUCGAACUCUUCACCCUAGCUUCUACCAAACCCUGACUGACCCUGCUAAGAUGGCAUAUCAAGUGAUUCUGCGUUCUUAUCUUCUUAAUUGCUGUAUAAAUCCUAUUAUUUAUUCCUUCUUAAACACCGAUUUUAGAAAACGAUCCGCUUCAUUGUUUAAACAAGGAGUUUGUAAAUUUAUAUCAGGGAAUUAUGAACUGUGAUCAACUUGUUUCCAAAUAUAGAU